AUGGCCCAGAAGUACGAGCACGCAGUCCCACAGCCCCUCGUCGCACCUCCUCUUCCUCUAAAGGAUUUCGAGGUGAUGUUCAAUGAUGAGGAGAACGGCGGAUACUUGCCGGAGAAGGUCGGCCAUCCUCCGCCCAAAGCCAUGAAGCGCAAACUCAAGGAACGUCAAUUGACGAUGAUGUCUAUUGGAGGGACUAUUGGAACUGGAUUGUUCUUGGGCAUGGGAAGCUCGUUGAAUGAUGGGGGCCCUAUGGGGCUCUUGCUAGGAUAUCUUAUCAUGGGCACGGUUGUGUGCAGCGUGCAGAUGGCCUUGGGAGAAAUGAUAACGUACAUGCCAUGCCAUGGCGCAUUAACCACGUUUCCCGCUCGGUUUGUGGAUCCAGCGUUAGGAUUCUCUGUGGGAUGGAACUACUGGUAUUCGUUUGCGAUUUGCGUGGCGGGAGAAGUGACUGCAGCCGCGAUAGUGGUUGACUAUUGGAAAGCGCCUGUGAGCCAAGGCGUAUGGAUCACGCUUUUUUUCGUCACAGCAUGUGCCAUCAACUUUUUUGGAGUCAAGUGCUACGGAGAGAAGUUCCUUUUGCUAGCCGCAGUGAAGGUCUUUGCUAUUACCGCUCUGGUCGUUCUAGGCCUGGUGUUGAAUUUGGGAGGGGGGCCGACACAUGAGUUUAUUGGAUUAAAGUACUGGAAAGAUCCGGGUCUUUUUCGACAACUGAACGAUAUCCCAGGGGCAUCUGGCCGUUUUUUAGCCUUCUGGUCAGUCUUUAUCCAGGCAGCCUACAGCUUUCUGGGCUCGGAAACGGUGGCGUUGGCGGCGGCAGAAACUGAGAACCCUAGGAAGACAGUCCCAAGAGCAAUCAAGAGCGUCUUUUACCGUCUCUUACUUUUCUACGUGGCCAGUGCCUUUGUCAUCGGACUUGUCGUCCCAUUCAACGAUCCUCAACUCCUAGGCGGCACCGGCGAUGCUUCGUCUUCGCCUUUCGUGAUUGCUAUCAAUCGAUCAAAGAUCAAAAUCUUGCCCGAUCUCAUCAAUGCAGUUGUCCUGGUUUCGGCCUAUUCGGCCACCAGCUCUGAAGUAUAUUGUGGAAGCAGAGUCUUACACGGCCUUGUCAUCGAUAGGAUGGCCCCUCAGAUCUUUGGGAAAGUCAACUCCAGUGGAAACCCAAUAAACGCUCUGAUUGCCAGUGCCUUACCAGGCCUGUUAGCGUUCAUGAACCUGUCCGAAAAGUCGGGCACGGUUUUUCUAUGGCUGGUCAACAUCUCGGCGAUGGGUGGAAUAUUUACUUGGUGGAGCGUCUGUCUUACCUACAUCAGGUUCCAUAAGGGUUUGAAAGCCCGAGGGGUGGAUCGAGACAGGCUUGAUUACAAGGCCCCGUUCCAGCCCUAUCUGUCAUACUAUGGAGUCGUGAUGCUUGCUGCGAUCAUUCUCAUGAGCGGCUUCAAGGUGUUUCUGAAUGGACAAUGGCAAGCCCCAGUUCAACCUAUUCAUUCAAACCUUCAAUCUGCGCGACGCUCAUCUCAUUUCUUUUCCAGGUCUUGGGGCUCUUUCAUCGGAGCAUACAUCACGCUGCCGAUAUUCGGCUUGACCUAUCUUUUCUGGUAA